AUGUCGUCUACCUCCGCCGCCGCUUCCUGUCUCUCCACGCCCGUGAUCACCACUAACAAGACAAUUGAGUGCGUCCUUCGACUCCUGACCGUCGACAUCCAAUCCGCCCCCAAGCCCGACUCCUUGAAGGAGGAGGCUAAGGACUGGAUCGAUGACAUCUCCAAACACCUAACCUUGAUCCACAGCAAAGGUGGCAUACUCCCUGAGGACAUGGCCAAAGCGGUCCAGAACGCAGUCUUGAAGGUCAAGGCCACCUACCCCAACUUGCCGAUCCGAUUUGGCACCAUCAUACCCGAAUGGACGUGGGUGAAAAACACCCGAGAACGCCGCAACCUCGAGGCCAGGAUUGCAGCCGAAGAAGCCGAACUCGCGCAAAUUGUGGCCGAGGAGGCCGAACUUGCCAGGAUCGCGGCUGAAGAGGCCGAGCGUGCCCAUCAAGCUGCCGAAGAACUGGCAAAGGCCAGCCGCGACGACGCGACAGGGAGCGGUCUGAUAGAAGACAAGCCUAUGGUCAUCGAUGAGGCUACCCCGGGCAACGAUGGCGCUGCGUCUCACGAUGACAACAAUGAGGAGCCCCGAGACGACGACGAUGCCGACGAGAUCAAAGAAGAGUCAGAAGGGGACGAAGGGGCCGACAACGCCAAAUCAUUUGUCACUGAGGAAGUCGAAGCCCUCAAUGGCGAUGGCAAGGCCGCCGAAUCGUGGCGAGUCGUACGACAACGCGACUGGUUGGGCAUCUCGUCCAAAGAUAUCAAAAAGCACGCGAAGCAGGCUCAAAGGAAAGGACAAUGGUGCGACCGCUGCAAGUUGAAUUGGUCGGUUUCGACUUGCAUCCCGUUGCGCAAGCAGCCCGAUAAGUGCGAGAAGUGCACGCACGACGUACAAGGCUGCUACUUCGAUGGGGCCUUGAUGCAAGGCCGGUCAAAGUCAUCUCAAACUGCGCGCGACAAAGGCAAAAAGCGCGCCGUGAAGUCGCCGCUGACUUUGCCCCGCGUUGCAAAGCGCGCGAAGUCGUCGGUCGACCCAUCGGCAACUUUGGAUCCGUUGUCGCAUGCCGUGUCGAACUAUUCGGCACUCGAAGUGGUGCGCCUCGAGCGAGAGAUCGUCGCGAUGUGGAUUGCGCUCCUUUGGGACAUCGAUGCGGCUUUAGCUGACCAGGAGCGGUUAUAUCUAAGUUAA